AAUAGUUUUGCAAAGUUUAAAAAUAAAAAAAAUGGAAGACGAUUGGGAAAGUGCUGCUGACAAGCCUAUAGUUGUUAUACCCGACAAAAUUAACAAAUGGGCUGGUGAGGACGAUGAUGAAGAUGUCAAAGACAGUUGGGAUAUCGAGGAGGAAGAAAAGAAGGAUGAAGAAAAGCAUGAAACAAAAGCGAAGGCACCCGUUAAAACGAAACCUAACAAAGCACUGAAAUCAAAACUAGCCGAACAAGAGAGACUGGCCGAAGAAGCUGAAGCUCAGCGUUUAGCAAACAUGACACCUGAAGAAAAAUUAGCUGAAAAAUUGCGCCUGCAAAAAAUUCAAGAAGAAUCUGAUUUAAAGAGUGCUUUAGAAACAUUUGGUGUACAAGAUAUUGGUGGCGGUUUAGAUGCAUUUAAUCCUCAAACUGAAGAAGAAUUUAAAGAAUUUGGAGCGACGCUUAGUUGGAAAUUAGCACAAUAUAAAGAAUCGCCUCAUUUUCCACAAUUUAUUGAGGAUUUAGUACGUAGCAUAGGUGUACAUUUGGCUCUUCCCGAUUUGAAAAAACUAAAAGUUAGCGUAGAAAAUUUACACACCGAAAAAGUGAAAUUAGAAAAACAAAAUGCCAAGAAACCUGCCGGCAAGGGUAAGGGCAAAGUUACGCUGAAAAAAGAAAGUGAUGAUAUUGAUGGUUAUAAAAAAUAUGGCAACGAUUAUAAUACUUACGAUGAUUACGAUGAUUUUAUGUAAAUAGUCAGUCACUUAGUCAACUACAUCGGCCAAUCAAUCAGUCACAUAAACCCUGUAACGUUUACUUUUCGAUCCUUAAACAACUAAAAAACAGUCUUGCAGACUUUCAUUUGUUCGUUUGUUGAGCUCUUUUUUUUCGAUUAUUAAAUUCUCGUCAUAAAAAAACUGAUAAUUUGUUAAUGAUGUUAAUAUGUGAUUAUUAGCUCAUCCUCAUCGUAUAUUUUUUUAUAAAAAAAAACAAGAGAAAAGAAUGAAAAAAAAAGAAAACGACAAAUAUGUUAUAAAGCACACGGAGGAAUUUAACAAAAUAAUGUUAAAAACCAAUCACUUUUUUUGUUUUGUUAUUUAAUCAAGAAAUACCAUAUAUAUUAUAUUUCUUAAUAAAAAAAACCUAAAAUAAAUUAAAACUAUAAGUUUUCA